AAUAAAAUUUCGCCUAGACGAUACCAGCGACAUUACCUGGUACAAUGAUUUGUUGUGAAACAUUUGAUGUACGCGAAACUAAUCCUCGUCUCGUUUUUGGUGCCUAUGCUGGACACAGUAUUGAAUUUAGUACUAGUACAUUAAUGCCAACUGAUUCUAUAAUGCUUAGUUGCGAAAACUGGUAUUCAGUUGAAUGCAAGAGGCUUCGGGACGAUCGACCGAAUGGUCAGGAAAGGCAAUUCAGUUUUGGUGAAGCGCUUCUGGAGCGUUAUUUCAGUGAUGUAGUAGUCAAAAGUUGUACUGGAUUCGAAUACGCCCUUCAUUCCUCUAUACUGCGUCUUAACGGAUUCGAUUGUAGUAUGUGUGCAAGCAAUACCCUGCUGUCAACAUCUGAAAACUUGCAGCCUUUGCAUUUUACGCCAAAUAUAUCAAAGCUACAUCCAAUAAAUAUAUCGAUUGGUAUAGCUGAUUCUGGAAAAGAACAAUCAAAUUUGCAAGGCAUUAAUUUAUCCUCCGUAUAUAUGCAGCCAGUUUGCGAUUUUCAACUUUUUGCACCAACCGCUGGAUUGGAAACCCAGCGUUUUCACUAUUUUAGCAGUAGUUUUAGCUGCCUAAGGAAUGUCAAUAUGAAAGAUUCAGUUGAAACAAUCUACAAUGCUGAUGGUGGACUACUACGCGUGUGUACUUCGCAUUCAGAAUCACACCUGGAAAUAUCUCAAGAAUCAAAAAAUAUUUUCAAUUUUUGUCAGGACGUGUUGCAACCUGUGUCGUCGUCUGUUCUUCAAAGCAGUGGAGCCACUAAUCAGGCUAUAUGCAAUUCACGCCGACCGCCACUGUCUCCUUAUCGACCACGCAGCUCUUUACCGCUUUCUAAUUUAAUAGAUACGCCACCGUCUUCACCGCUAACGCCAGUUGAAGUCCUCUUUAAUUUACCGACAUUUCUUUUGAACCCGAUCUUACAUUGGUUGUAUACAGAAUCUUUACUACCUGAACUGGAUGAGAGUGAUUGUGAGAAGCUGAUUAAUUUUUGCGAAGCGCAACCUUCACUAACCAAGCUGGUACCACCAACUCGCAAAUACCUGCGUUUACUGCGACUUAAAAAAUUGGUUGAAAAUCUAACAAUGGAUCUACACCACAUACUUAACCGCAUAAUACAGUAUAUUGAUCCUGUCACAAUAUCUUACAAGCCAGCAUUACUUUAUGCAACUUUCCAAAAUGGAAUGAGGGAAUGCGCAUUAGGUAAGAAUGUUUUCGAGUGAUAACA